AUGGAAGAAUUGCGUCCAAAAACCAGUGGGCCCCAGGUACACCAAUCUACUGUGCGGAGACGUCUGACCAGAAGUGGUCUUUCUGGAAGAAUUGCGUCCAAAAACCAGUGGGACCCAAGUACACCCAUCUACUGUGCGGAGAAUUCUGACCAGAAGUGGUCUACCUGGAAGAAUUGCAUCCAAAAACCAUUGGGCUCCCAGAUACAUCCAUCUACAAUGUGGAGAAGUCUGACCAGAAGUGGUCUUCCUGGAAGAAUUGCAUCCAAAAACCAGUGGGCCCCAGGUGGCUGCAAAGUGAGAAUCCAGGCGGAUCCGUGGUCUGCGGAGCGACUCUUCGAGUUCCCCGAUGAAGAGAAGUGUAUAGAGCUGCUGACCGAAAUGCGACUCAUCCAGGAAGUUCUUUAUAGAGUUUUUAACACAUUCAAGAGCUUAUCCUUAUGUGAUAACAUUGUCUGUUUCUUCCAGGAGCAGGGCGGAUCAAGGCCAUGCGUCCCGAUAAAAAGGAGUCCUCUAACUGGUACCAGUCCGCUGAUAAGGCCGGAAGCAUGCCUGGGGCCUCGUCAAAGUCUUCAGGUUCAGGGAAUUUGGGAUUUGAAAACAGCUUUACAAAUAUUGAAAACAGAAGAAACCUACAGAACCAGCAAGUGGCACGCAGGGAGCCUCCGCCGCCACCUCCACCCCCGCUGGAAAGGAGGCUUUCUCAGACGAGAGACCCCCCCCGCGCGGGAAAAGCCACAAAUGUCCAACACCAUGCGGAAACUGUUUGUGCCGGCCAGCCAGUCGGGGCAGAGGGAAGGACUGAUAAAGCACAUCCUGACCAAGAAGGAGAACGAAUAUGUCAACAUUGAGAACUACAAAUUCUUUAUAGGGACGUGGAAUGUAAAUGGUCAGUCUCCAGAUGGCGGAUUAGAACCCUGGCUGCACGCCGAUCCAGAUCCCCCUGAUGUCUACGUCGUUGGAUUCCAGGAGCUGGACCUCAGCACAGAAGCUUUCUUCUACUUCGACUCGGGAAAGGAACAGGAGUGGCUGGAGGCUGUGGAGAAGAGCCUCCACCCCAAAGCCAAAUAUAAGAAAAUCCGUCUGAUCAGGCUUGUGGGAAUGAUGAUGCUGGUGUUCGCCAGGAAGGAACACUUCAAGCACAUCCAGGAGGUUGCGGCUGAGUCUUUAGGCACGGGGAUUAUGGGAAAAAUGGGUAACAAAGGAGGCGUAGCCGUCAGGUUCGUCUUCCACAACACGUCCUUCUGUUUUGUGAACUCUCACUUGGCGGCACACGUGGAAGAUUUUGAGAGACGCAAUCAAGAUUAUAAGGAUAUCUGCGCACGGCUCAACUUCUCCCUCCCAGACCAGAACGUCCCCUCCCUGAAUAUCAUGAAACACGACGCGGUGAUUUGGUUAGGAGACUUGAACUACAGGCUUUGUAAAUACGACGCCACGGAAGUAAAGACCAUGAUUGCGAAAAACGACAUUAACACUCUGCUGAAGUUCGAUCAGCUUAACAUCCAGAGGGAGCUUAAAAACGUCUUUGCAGAUUUCACAGAAGGUCUGAUCACUUUCAUCCCAACGUACAAAUAUGACCCCAAGACCGACGGCUGGGAUUCGAGUGGCAAGUGCCGUGUGCCAGCCUGGUGUGACCGCGUUCUAUGGAGAGGAAGUAGCAUUAAACAGCUAAGAUACCUCAGCCACAUGGAGCUGAAAACCAGCGACCACAAGCCUGUCAGUUCUCUCUUCAGCAUUGGGGUGAAAGUGGUCGAUGAGCGGCGAUACCGGAAGGCGUUUGAAGAAAUCGUGCGGAUGAUGGACAGAAUGGAAAAUGAUUUCCUUCCUUCCUUAAACCUGAGCAGACGAGAAUUCACUUUUGAACGGGUGAGGUUCCGGCAGCUGCAGAUCGAAAAAUUCCACAUCCAGAACGACGGGCAGGUUACUUGUCACUUCUCCUUCAUCCCAAAACUGAACGACACUCAGUACUGUAAGCCCUGGCUGCGAGCCGAGCCCUGCGAGGGCUAUCUGGAGCCAAAUGAGUCGGUGGAGAUCAGUCUGGAAGUUUACGUCAGCAAAGACUCCGUCACGCUGCUGAACUCGAGUCAGGACACCAUCGAGGACAUCCUGGUCCUUCACCUGGACCGCGGCAAAGAUUACUUCCUGACCAUCACCGGGAGCUACCUGGUCAGCGCCUUCGGCACGUCUCUGGAGGCCUUGUGCCGGAUGAAGAGGCCCAUCCGGGAGAUCCCGGUCACCAAACUCAUCGAUCUGGGAGAAGACAGUUUCUCAGAGAAGGAGAAAGCCGUCAUGCAGAUGCUUCCGGAGUCAGAAGGAGACGGCGUCGGCGAGAAACCUCUAAAGAUCCCGAAAGAGAUGUGGCUGCUGGUGGACCAUUUAUAUAAGAACGCCUGCCAUCAGGAAGAUCUCUUCCAAACUCCGGGCAGACAGGAAGAACUACAGCAAAUUAUCGACUGCUUAGACACCAGCAUUCCAGAUACCAUCCCGGGUAGUAACCAUUCUGUGGCAGAAGCUCUGUUGAUAUUCCUGGAAGCUCUCCCAGAGCCGGUGAUCUGUUAUGAGCUCUACCAGCGGUGUAUCGACUGUUCCCACGACACUCGCCUCUGCCGCCAGGUGAUUUCCCAGUUACCACGAUGCCACCGGAAUGUUUUCCGAUAUUUAAUGUCGUUUCUCCGAGAGCUGCUGAAGUACACUAGUGACAACAACCUGACCGCCAGCCUCAUUGCUACUGUGUUCACAAGCCUCCUGCUGCGGCCUCCACCCAACUUAGUGGGGAAACAGACCACCAGCGAGCGCCAGAGGGGGAUUACCUUCAUCCUGGGUUUCCUGCUGGCGAACGAUGAGGAGUGAGACGUUUUUUUCCGGGAGCCGUUACAUUAUUAGAGGACAUCAUGACUGACUCCAGAAGCCCCGCCCCCGAGGAUUUAAUAUUCUCUUCAGUAACAGGAGAGGAAAUUUGACUGAAGCCAUUGGUUGUUCUGGUUACCUUAUCAGCCCUACGACCUCCCCAAACAUAGGUGUCAUAUUUUGUCCUACAUGAACAGAGAUGUCUGCAGUUUGUAUGAUAACACUGACGCGUUCCGUGGCGUUACCUUGGACGUUUCGGUCCUUACCUAUUUUUUUAUUUUUUUUUGUCGUCUUCAACUCUACACACUGGUGCCAUGGUCUUUGUAAGUUCUGUGUAUAGCUCUUUCCUAUUUAAGUGCCCUUUUUGCUCUUUUUUUCUGCAGAAUCAUCUCUCCAGUAGUUGUCGUGACUCCUCCUCCUUUUCCCCCGGUCCAUAUCGUUCAAUUUAUAUAAAAAAACACAUGAAGGCUUAUACAUAUUAAUCAAUGUCUGUGACUGGAUUCUGCUUCUUAGGGUGAUUACAUGUUUACCUCUUC